UUGCCAUUGACACAAGAGCGAGCCUCAGUUAUCCCGCGUUUAUUCGCGUAAACUAGAGCGCUCCUAGCGCGUAGUGAUUUUUUUCUUUACUUUCAUACACGAAGAGGGAGGUGACGAGUAAGGAAAGACUCGAGGAUCGCGAUCCAUCCAGGACUCGCGACCUGGAAGUCCUUCCUGAGUCCAUGCAGAGGCACGUGGUCAAAGGUCAAGCGCAAUCGGAGGGAUGAGCGAAGGUUGUGGAAUUUUUGGGAUUUAUCCCAAUUGGCUGCGAGAUCGUGCCACCCCUAAAAACUUCAUCGCAGUAUAUGGCCUACUUGGUACUGUACAGGCGAUGGCCUUUAUCUACAUAGUGGUCACCCUCACCACUUUGGAGAAGAGGUUCAAAAUACCUAGUCGUACAACUGGAUUAAUUCUAUCCGGCAACGAGAUCUCUCAAAUCUUGUCCCUGGUAUUAAUCUAUUACGGUGGUUCGGGGCAUCGUCCAAGAUGGAUCGCAGUUGGUGUUGGUCUCAGCGCUGUUUCAUGCCUGAUCUUGGCACUUCCACAUUUCUUGUACGGACCAGGAAGAGACGCUUUGGCUUUGACGAAGGAGUAUCUUGAUCAAACUUUGUUAAACACUAGUACAAUCCCAAAGGAUCUAGCAAUAUGUCCACGUGAUGUCAAACCGGAACACUGUGACGAGGAGACGCUGUUGGACGUCAGUAUCCUUCCACGAUUAUUAGUCUUCCUCUCUCAGUUUGUCCUUGGAAUUGGUACCACUCUUUAUUAUGGCCUUGGUCAGACGUACCUUGAUGAUAAUACUAAGAAGAAGAAUACUCCGAUGCUUCUAGGUUUUACAUUUGCAUUGAGAACGGUUGGACCAGCAAUAGGAUUCUUAUUGGGUUACGGUUGUCUAAGUUUGUACAUAGAUCCAAGCUUACAUCCAGUGAUCACUAAAAAGGAUCCACGAUGGUUGGGUGCAUGGUGGCUAGGUUGGAUUAUUUUAGGUGUCGCAAUGGGUAUGUUUGCUAUCUUAAUAGCCAUGUUUCCAAAAGAUUUGCCUACAAAAAAGGCUGCUAUUGACACUGCCAAAAAGGAUGGUAGUAUUCCACUGAAACUGCAAUUGACCGUGCAGGAGCAGUAUAUGAAACCGAUGGAGCAAAGAAAAUCAUUAGAGACUGUACACAUUCCAACAAUUCGUGAAUUUCCAAAAACGAUGAAGAGGCUGUUAACAAACUGGCUGUUAACGUUUAACAAUUUAAGUGGCGUGUUUUAUGUGCUAGGAGCAUCCGCUUACAUAACAUUUUUAGCUAAGUAUCUGGAAGUUCAGUAUAGCACAUUUGCUGCUAAUGGUACUGUGAUUGCAGGCCCCGUAUCGCUGAUAGGAAUGGUACUAGGAUUUCUACUAUCUGGAAUGAUUAUUAGCAAAUUUAAACCUGGACCCAGACCACUAUUAGCAUGGAAUGUGUUUGUCGGGGUCUGUUUCGUCGCUGGUCAAAUAGUUUUCAUAUUCCUCGGCUGUGCUGACAAUGGAAUCAAGGGUCUUGAUUUAGACACUAUGCAAAUGACUCUGACGUCGAGUUGUAAUGAAGCUUGCAAUUGCGAGGGAGUUAAGUACUCCCCGGUAUGCCACGUGUCAUCAAAGACGACAUUCUUCUCAGCGUGUCACGCAGGCUGUCGAACCAUAAUCAACGACAAGGAAUUUGGAAAUUGUAGUUGCCUUCCAUUAUCAAGUGUAUCAAAUUUCCAAAACGUUUUUGGCUAUGAUACCAUGCAGCCUUUGGUACAGGAUCAAUUGAUCUAUUCGAACAAUUUACAAACGAUCAAUUAUGACAAAGUUAGAGCUGGUAUCUGUUCGAACGACUGCAGUGGACCGUAUCUUUUGUUCACUGUUCUUAGCUGUAUCAUACAGACGUUAGCUUGCUCUGGAAAAAUUGGUAACGUCCUGGUAAAUUACCGUAGUGUCGACAAGAAGGAUAAAAGUUUCGCUCAGGGUAUUACUAUAAUGACCAUCUCUUUAUUUGCAUUAAUACCGGGUCCAAUUAUUUAUGGAGCCAUUAUUGAUUCAACCUGUUUGAUCUGGGAAGAGUCGUGCGGUACCAAAGGGAACUGCUGGUUCCAUCACGGGAAGAACUUCAGAUAUUUAGUCAACGUAACAUCGGCGGGAUUUUCGAUUAUAGGAGUAAUUUUCGAUGCAGUGGUUUGUUAUCUUGGGAAGAAUUUAGAUCUUUAUGGUACCCAUGAGAGCGACAGACGACGUGAAUUUAUUAAAGAAGAACCCGCGCCGCCAUUGGUCGAUAACGAGAAGAGAAGAGAAAUGAACGGAAAUGUGAAUUAGAAAACGAAUAAUGAUUAAAUCAAAAUUAACUGGCCACCGUUUAUAUUUAGGAG